AUGAGCGGCAACCAGUACGCGGAACCCGCCGGGCAGGGCUCUGGUGGCGAGACAUAUGCGCCGCCGAGCGGUCCGCCUCCGAGUCAGACGUAUGCUCCCCCGAGUGGUCCACCCCCGGGCCGGACACAGGAUGAUUUCGCACCUCCGCCGGGACCUCCACCUGCUCAAUCGUACGCCGCGCCGCCCGGCCCUCCGCCCAGUCAACAAUACGCUCCGCCUCCUGGACCGCCUCCCUCCCACCAGCAGGGAGAAUAUGCACCGCCGCCGGGUCCCCCGCCUUCAAAGCAGGACUACACGGCGCCGCCCCCCGGUCCUCCUCCCUCCCAAUCCAAGCCGAAGCACGAUUGGGAGGAGGCAGUUCCUGACACUUCCCUGUUCCCUCCGCCGCCAGCCUUCUUCAGCGGCUGGGACCGGUCGCCUGCCAACAACUCAACCGAGGCGGAAGCCGAGGCCGGCGAGGAGUGGGUUCGCAAGUAUCCUCUGAUCCAGCCCAUUGACCUCGACCACGCGGCUCUCGCAGCCCUCCACACGAGCAGGAUCUCAUUGCUUCAACCCAGCGGCUUCAAAGGGACACUCAACCAAGUCGCCCCAGGCGUCUGGGAAGCCUCGACACCAAAGAGCGCCCCCGACGGCACCAUCAUCGGCUACCCGCCCCUCUACUCCGUGAAGAACCAUUCGCCCCUGGCCACCGGCCGCCCAUUCACGGCGUACUAUGAAGUUCAGAUACGCCAGAGCGGCAACAAGGAGGUCGACGUCGCUAUCGGCUUCACGGCGCUGCCGUACCCCAACUUUAGACUGCCGGGAUGGCAUCGUGGCAGUCUUGCGAUCCAUGGUGACGAUGGGCACAAGUAUAUCAAUGACCGUUGGGGAGGCAAGUCGUUUACUGACCCCUUCCGGGUUGGCGAGAGGAUCGGUGUCGGCAUGACCUUCUCGGCCAAGGACGGCAGAGUCAACGUCGACGUGUUCCUCACCCGCGACGGUGCGCUGAGGGGGCAGUGGAACCUACACGAGGAGAUUGACGCGGAACAGGAUGGGCCAGUUGAUGGGUUGGAGGGGUUCCAUGACUUGAGCUGUGCGAUUGGGUCUUUCAACAAGAACAUUUAUGAGAUCAUCUUUGACCCGAGUCGGUGGAAGUAUCGGCCUUGA